CCACCAUGUAAGCGCUAACACUGAUUUGUUCUUUAACUUUCUCAGAAAUUGUAAGAAGUUGUCAUCUAUGCUUCAAGAAAGUGGCCAAUUUUUUGCUCGUCAACCUUUCCUCUAGCCAAAUCAUCAAAAAGUGAAUUCAUCAACUUCUUGACGUUUAUUAUAGAAAAGCAUUUCAUCCCUCUUGGAGAUAUCAGGUUUUAGUAAGUUGGUUAGAAAUAUAGCUCUCUAAUACCACAGCUUCACUUUCUACCCACUUGAAUCAAUAAAAUGUGUCUGUUUUGGGUUUCGUUUUGGACUCAUAUAUAGACAGCGUGAAAUCUUGCGAGUCGUACAUGGCAACGAAUAUCUUAUGAAUAACAUUGGCUUCGAGCUACAAGUACCUAAACUUUCCUCUAAAGCCCCAAGUAGAUUCUUAUUUCACAGUUCCAGUCACAUUCUUCCACACAUGAUAAAAAUCAUGAUAGUUGAUAUCCAAACUCUGUGUAAUCCUUUGCUGCCAACAGUUAACAUGUGACCGAUUUUGGAGGAUUUAAUAGGUAUAAAUAAAAUUUUAUUUAACAAAUACGUGUUUAUAAUAAAAGCAUUGGUUUAUGAAUGACCAUAUGAGAUACAGUUAGGUGUUUUUUUCGUUAUGUGGUUGUAUGAACUUUGAAAACCUCGCAAGGUUUAUUUCAUAAUUAAUUAUUUAAACAACGUAACCCCAGCAGUGAUACCGCAAAUCGUUAAGGUGGAACUUAACGCUAUUUAAGUCUGUCGUCGUUCUCGAAAUAAAC